AUGCUAGUUGAUCCAGCUGGCCACUGGUGGGAGUCCGUUUCACGGACUAGGACUGAGGCACAACAACGUAACCUCACCUGGGCACGAUUCAAAAAGGAGGUGAUGGGAAAAUACUUUCCACAAGCCCUGAGAGAUCAAAAGGAGACAGAGUUUCUGCAACUUAAGCAGGGAAAGAUGACAUUGGUUGAUUAUGAGAGGAAGUUCGAACAACUUUCUAGGUAUGCAGCGCAUCUAGUGAAUACAGAGCAAAAGAAAGCAAGAAGGUUCGAGCUCGGACUACGCCCAGAAAUUGGAGGAAUCAUAACAUCUCAUGAAUUUACCACGUACAGUCAAGUUCUACAACGAGCUCAAGCAAUUGCAAAUCAACUAGAACUCGAUCAAACAACUCAAGAAAGUAAUGAAUUUUCAGGAAAGAGGAAAUGGAAUGGGGCGAACGAAGGUAAAGGAAAUGGACAAAAUAAGAGGGCUAGUUUUAAAAGGCGGUUAGAGUCAAACAAGCUGAAUAGUGUUCUUACUCCUUGUCCUAAGUGCAAUAAGGCUCAUAGAGGCGAGUGUUUGUAUGGAAAGAAUGUAUGCUAUCGAUGUGGAAAGCAAGGUCAUAUUGCUACCAAUUGUCAGGAACCCCCACCAAAGAGGGACAACGAUCAAAGCAAAAAGGGACCAGCUAGAGUCUUUGCUUUAACCCAACAAGAGGCAACUGAGAAUUAG